GGGUCUAGUACCCGAUGUGUACUGAAACAUGUAAAAACGUUGUUGCAUGAAAUUCAUUGAGAUUUUUUUUAUCAUGGGAAAAGUGAUUUUUUUUUCAAGCAAUUAAUUCAUCGUUCCGCGAUCUAUUGAGUUUAGAUCGGUCAGAGAGAGAGAGAGAGACCAGGGGGAGGCUAAUUUUAUUUUAUGAAUGAAUUUUUCGCUGCAAUUUUGCAGUAAAGAGGAGAUCUCCAACGGUUUGUCCGGCUUCUGUGUAGGGGGAAAUGUAUGGCAAUUUGCUGUGUAGCUCAAAUACGAUGGCUAAAUUGUAUUAAAUUCGUAUUCUGGAAACCCCAUUCGAAGUUGAGCGCGAUCACUGAGCCUCGCACGCUUCAGAAACUGCCUCCGAGAGUCAGUUGGAGUGCGACCGUCGUCGUGGAAGCUCAGAAAUUUCUUCCAAACGGACAACUGCUCAAGAUUGGAAGAUUUUUUUCUUGUGAAAAUUCAAAUUUAAAAAGAAGACAGAGUGCGUGCCAGUGACAUGAUCAGGAUUAUUGAAUUUGUUAGACUCUAAUAAGAGGGUGAAUGUUGUGAGUGUUUUAAGAAAAAGAGGGAUUGAAAAUAAUAGGGGUGAUCUUGUAAGAUUUGUGAUCCUCCAAAAUGACUGUAAGAUUAACCCUCUGACACUGGUGUUGUGGAUUAUUUUCCCAAGUGUUAGAUACUCCUUUUCCCUCAGUUUCAGUACAACAGGUGCCUUGAAUGGAAUUGAUUACGAAAUUUAUGUGCAUUGGCCUCUAGAAGUUCUGUGCUUUAUGUUACACUGAGAAAAAAAUAGUUGCUAGUGUACCGGGAAAAUGAUGGUGAAUAAAAGGGGUGAAUAUUUUUCACUCUUGAGCUGUUUCGUCGUCAUUUUGGUGUAUUACGCCCUACAAUUUCCCACCGUUUUUGCUGCCCAUUCGAGAGAUCACCACCAAAGUCUCUCAGCGUCCAGUGACACCACGAUCAUAUCUUCUAGGCACAUUCAGGAUCAAUGUGUUCACAAGUGUCCUGAACAGAACCGCACAAACUCCGAGCAUCUCGAUAUUGGAUGCAGUGGUGAUUGCUACAUUAAUCAGUGCACUUUGGGCUGUCAACUUUGGGAACAAGCGUUGGAGUCUUCGUGCCAGACUGUUUGUAAUAAGACUGACCAGGAGUUACUAGAGCCGAAAGAACUGUACUGCGUCGUGGGAUGCAAUGAUGCUCUCAAUAGAUACUUCAAAUGGGUGAAAGCGGAAGUGGGAGUACCACCAGCUCCUGCUCUCGUAGCAGAUUCCCUGACAGCCACAUCCCUGUCGCUGGAAUGGGAAAUCCCUGAGAAAUUUGCCCAACUGACACGUGGGAAGCUGCACUCACCACAGAGCUAUCUGGUUCAAUGGCGAUAUGAGGAGGUUGUGGGGGAUUGGAAAUUCUGCAGAAAUCAGAGUAUGGGAGAUAACUCUACAGUUCGUGUGGAUAAUUUGCUGCCCUACACGAAAUACAGGUUUCGUGUAGCUCUUCUCCUGUCCAAGCAACACGAUGAGUUCCUGACGUCUGAGCAGAGUGUGAUAAUUAGUACGUUGCCCAUGGGUGUUCCCCUGUCGGAGCCAGCAAUUGUAAGAGCAGUGGCUGUUGAUCACACAAGGAUAUCUGUGACAUGGGAACCCGGCCCAUUCCCCAAUGGGCCGGUUCUCUCAUAUGUGCUGCAGAUCAGGGAUUUGUCAUUGAACAUCUCCGCGCUAAAGGAUAUAUCUGCCACGGAAAAGACACAUUUUUACAUGUUUGAAAAGCUAACACCCUCCAACAAUUACUCAGUCUCCGUGACAAUGAGAAAUGCUGAAGGAGAAGGACCAGCAGCUUCUACAAUUGUAGCAACACCACCUGAACCAGAAGUGACGUACAAUGAGCCAAAUCCAACCUUCAUUUUGGGCACGGAGUAUUCUGUCCUGUACCAAGGAUCAGACUUCCUUACAGAGCCCUCAAAGGAGUUCUACACAACAAACAAUCUGAUACAAGGAAUAGCAAUACACAUUGCUAAGCAACUCCUUUUCGUCUCAGAGGACUCGGGAUUUGUCUACAAAGCCCAAUUAGAAGUCAUAGGUCCUAAAACUACGGUCUUGUCCCCCUAUUCUGGAUUCAACUUUCUCCCUCAGCUACUCUCAAUUGAUUGGCUGAAUGAUCAUCUGUACAUUCUGGGGGAGGUGAGAUAUCCUCAUAGCCAUCGAAUUUGGCAGAUAUCCCGUUGCGAUCUGGAUGGCAAUGGCUUAACUGUAGCCACAGCUGGUUUGGUCAGAAAACCUGACCAUAUCGAAGUGGAUCCGUUCAAUGGAUAUCUCUUUUGGGUGAUUACAGGAAAUACCAUGGAUAGUGGUUUAUUUCGUCUUGAUCUUGGAGACAUAUCAAAUGGGGUGAAACACAAAGUGAAGCCCCUACAUAUGAUUCAAGGGCAAAACCUGGCACCAUUUGCAGUAGAUCAUACGGGAUUUAGAAUUUUAGUACCGCUACAAGACAAUAAUACUGUAAUCUCGGUUUCUUUGGACGGGAAAGAUCAGGAAGACAUCCGAAAAAACACAAUCCAACCCAGAUUCAAUGUCGUUAAAUCUUUGGCAAUGGCUAAUGGACUGUUUUAUUGGACUAAUGGGGAACAUAUAAUCACUGAAGAUUUUCAUCCGUAUCAGAAAAACUACUUCCACAAUGCUUAUCCAGGUCUUUCAAAUCGAACUUACAUCUCCCUCUGUAUUAAUCUCAAUUCUGCCCAGCCAAUUCCCAUCCCCGUGAAUCCACCUAGCAAUAUCCAGGCUCUAUUGAGUGCUCGAAAAGCUAAAGUUUCUUGGCGUGUACCUCAUUUAUUGGGUAACCAGGGGAAAGGUACUUGGCAAAACUGGAAGUACGAACUGGAGAUCAUGAAUGAAACGUCUAAAAUCACAUACCGGGACAUCAAAAGUUCUCACUUGAAUGUCGAUGACUUACGACCAAAUACCAUGUACACAUUCAGGGCAGCAGCUUAUACAUCUACAGGCAAGGGUCCUUGGAGUACGGAGUUUCGCGCCAAAACUCUGAACUCCCUUCACAACCGCUACCUAAUUUGGUCAUCAGACAAUGGUUUGCUGCAGAGCGACGUUAUUGGAGAGCACAUCGAUACCUUGAUUUCAAAAACCGAACUAGGGGAACACUACGUAUCGGACAUUGCAUGGAUUGAAGAUAUGUUGUUCUUCGUUAGUAACUCUAGUCUGAACUUCUUCAACAGAACCAGCCGAUCUACAACUAAACUCGGAGACUUUGAUACUGUCGAAAGCAUCGCUGUGGAUUGGAUAGGAAAGAGACUGUACUGGUCUAACCCAUCCCAGCAACUAAUAACGAGGAGCCACCUAAAUGGAGAACAACAAGAAACAUUACCAAUACUAGCUUUAGCGAAGGAACUACGCAUAGACUCCCUGAGAGGAUAUAUUUACUUCUCAACAGGUCAUGCGGUUGAAUCGUGUCGGCUAAAUGGUAAAAAUCGUAAAACCUAUUACAGUGUGGAACUUUACUCAGGACUUCAAGUUAUGGGCCUUACGUUGGACAUGGACAACCAACUAGUUUAUUGGAUUGUGAGGAGGUAUGACAGUUCAAGCCUGUACAGUGCCCCAAUGUCAGGAAGUAGAAUUCAAAAUGUCAGUGUGGUUGAGACCAAAUUAGGAGAAGCAUCUUUACAAGGUCCCUUAACACACUUUAGUGACAGACUCCUAUGGCUUCAGGACAACCGAACAGUGAUUGUUGGGGAUAUGAUGGGGAAGAAUUUGGCACAGAUCAACAAUACAAAACUCAAUGGGAUCCGUGCAAUUUCUGUAAUUGAUCCUACUCAUCACAUUUACCCGGCGAACUUAUCAUUCAUCAAUGUAAUACCAAAUCAAGUCAACAACAAGACUAUCAAAAUUCGUGGGGUUUGGACAUCGUUCGAUAUCAUUUGGGAACCUGUAAAUAACGUCAACUACGGUCAGGUCUUUUACGAAAUUCGUAUUCAUGCUUCAAAGCACAAAGAUAUAGUCAGAGAGGUAACGGAACCUAUAUGGCAUCAUCAAUCAAACUCUUUACAACCCUAUACUCCUCUGGAUAUUACUGUUAGAGCUUUCACAUUCUGGGGAUCAGCCUUGCCAACUAGAAGUCAUAUCCAUUCUCCAGCCGCCAAACCGACAACGCCUACUAAUCCUAGGAUCUUCAUUACACACUACGACGAUCCUCUAAGGGGUGGCCUCAAUCUCACAGCGACCUUCAGGUGGAGUCCACCACUACAACCCAAUGGACCUAUAUUGGGUUAUCGGAUAAAAUGCUGGUACGAGGAGGAUUUCAAAGAAAACCAAAAAUGCGACAAUGUAGAAGUCCCUUCAUCUACUGAGGAAAUGGUCCUCACCAAUCUUGUGCGGAAUGUUACCUAUUUCUUCCAAGUUCUAGCUUUCACAGAAGCAGAUAGUGGAGAAUAUACCAAACCUCUAGGUAUUGAGACGAUCAAGGAAAAGUCCAUUCCAAGGGUAUUGGUUUCCACGAAAGAUCAAAUUGUUAGUGUCGACUUGGAUCUCAAGCGCAUUGAUCCUAUUCUGAGUACUGGAAAUGCAGUAAAAUUCAUGACCUACAUUGCAAGAGAGAAAAAAAUUUUCUGGAUUAACGAGGUGAACGAAAUAAUGUCCUAUAAUGGCACGACGCAACUAAAGUUGCUAACAAUAAAUUCAGAAGCGCUAUCCUUAGCGGUUGACUGGGUGGAAAGGAUUCUCUAUUGGUCACAUAUGGAGGGUAAUUCAUCGGUUUUAGCCACUCUGGAUUUGACUAAGUACGAAGCCUACAAGGGUGGUGUUGUUGAACUGGUGCGACGCGAAGGGAUUAUCCGAAAUAUUCUAGUCUCCCCUAUGGAUCGUAUGAUAUUCUGGACCGAACAUAAAUAUGAUGACCAAAAUAGCGAUGCAUUCCAAGUGAUUUCCUACAACAUCUACACCGGUACUAUCAUGAACUUGGAACUUUUCCCCUCAGAAGGAUGUCCUAAUAUGUCACUCAUCUCAAUCUUCCGUCCAUUUGCACUUGAAACUAAAGCAGAAAGGGAAACUCACAUGAUCUGGACUGACAAAGAACUCAAUUUUUAUUCAAGUGGACUAACUACGCAACACUGUAAAUCCUUAGGAUUUCACUACAAUGAUUCCUCACUGACUUUUGUCAAAGACUCUUCGAGAAUAUAUUGGAUUACUCACAAUAGUAUGAUCCAUGCGAAGAAUGAUCACAGCACAAAAUUCUACAACUUCUCAGUUCCUAAAGCCCAAUCUCUCCUAGCUCUAUACCAUCAAGGCUACCCUAAUAAAAAAUGCAUUAUUCCAAAUUUAAGGGAAUCAUCAAAAUACGAAGCUAGCCUUUUAUCAGCGACAGCAAAUACAAUUAAACUGAAGCUUCCAAUACCAACACCAGCAUCUGGAUGUAACUUUCCCAUACCAGCCAUCAAGUAUGUUAUACUCUAUAGACCAAUUGAUUACCACCAUAACGAUGGAGGCAAGUGCAAUGCUACAACGUGCAAAGCGGUAUAUUCGUUUGAAAAUAUCAAGACUAUUCAUGGACUGAAACCCUUUACAAAGUACAAAUUUCAAAUUGGCGUUAACAACUACUAUGCUGAUAAGUUGCAGAUUCGCAUAAAUCUAGGACCUAGUAAAAUUUUCUCAACAGCAGCUGGAGCACCUUCGGAACCUACUGAUAUCGAAGUCGAAGUGAUAAGUCCGAAUGAAGUUAAUGUAACAUGGCACCAACCUCUAGAAUUCAACAGUAACGAAAUAUGGUAUGAAGUUCAUUGGGAAACGGAAAAUCCUAGCAAUGGCAUACGUAACAGACAACAGCAACUUGUCUACACCACCUAUCAUUCGCUAAAUCGACUUAUCCCCCAGCAAUCCUAUAGGAUUUGGGUGAGGGCCUACUCUACAAAUGACACAUUUUCUGAGAGUGAUGUUGUGGGAGUAGAAACAUUCCAGGAACCAGAUAAUAUUACCCUUCUACUGAUUACUUCGACUUCAUUGACUAUCACCUGGCAGCCACAUGGAAAUGUUUCUCGUUUCCAACUAGGAUACAUGGUGCUGAACAAUCCCUCAAUUUCACCAGUUGUAGUUUACGAUUCUGCCCAACCUAACGAAUUUUCACCUUACAACGGUACAUUCACCGUAGACAACUUAGAACCUAAGACAACUUAUAGGUUCUACGUUUUGCUCUACUACCCAAAAAGAGAUUCACCGUAUUCUUGGCCACCUGAUGGUCGUUCGGAGUUUGAAACUCUAGGGGAUAAACCUACAGCUCCAGGCAAACCUCUUGUGAAACACUUAAGUGGAGAUGUGUACAAAGUGUCCUGGGAACCUCCUAAGGACAACGGAGCUCCUAUUGAAGAAUACAGUCUCGAGGCACUACAAACAAAGCCCUUAUCUAAUCGAGUUCGACGAUCUCCUACACUUGAAGUUAACAGCGAAGAUGUGGAAAAAAUCUCCUUGCAUAGAAUAAUUAACAACAAUAUGACCUUAUCUGAAAGCAAUUCCGAUUGGUCAGUAGAUCCUCCUGUUGACGAUCAAUGGAAAAUCUACUACAACGGUACAGAAUUGUAUUGGAUACCACAGGAACUAACUCCAAUCCAUGCGUAUUCGUUCAGGGUCAGGGCUCGCAAUGCUUACGGUUGGGGUCCUUACAGCUCUACUAGCGAACCAAUUAGCGAACCCUACGUAGACGCACCUAACAAAAGCAGCAUGAUAAUCAUCAUAGUAAUAUCUAUGAGCUUUGUAUUGCUAAUCGCCUUUGUAGUAUGCAUCAUAACGGUAUUUGUAAGAAGGGACACAGAUAAGAAAUUUUUUCCUGAUGCUGCACCACGAAUGCCAGACGUUGAGUUAGCAAAUUUGAGAGAAUUACCACAUGGAGCUAGUUUCCAUAUCAAUGUUUUGUACACAACGGGACCUCUAUCAGAUUCUGAUGUGGCUUCAUUGCCCCAAAUACGAAGGGAUCAGAUUACAAUGACCAAGUUUCUGGGAAGAGGAGCUUUUGGAGAAGUUUAUGAAGGUUGCGUAAAGUAUCCUGAAUAUCCAGAAACUCGUGUUGCAAUCAAGACUUUGAGAAAAGGUGCAACAGAACAGGAGAAAGCAGAAUUUUUGCAAGAAGCCCACCUCAUGAGCAACUUCAAACACGAACACAUUCUACGUCUUAUUGGUGUAUGUCUUGACCUAGAUCCGUUGUAUAUUAUCAUGGAAUUGAUGCAAGGAGGAGAUCUUCUCAGUUUUCUGCGUCAGAGUCGGACGUCAGUUGACACUCCUUCAUCACUGACCCUACUGGAUCUCGUCUCGAUGUGUGUUGAUGUAGCUUCAGGAUGUCGCUAUCUUGAAGAGAUGCAUUUCGUCCACAGAGAUUUAGCCUGUAGAAACUGCUUAGUCUCCUCAGUUGAUCCAGAGGGAAGAGUUGUUAAGAUUGGAGAUUUCGGUUUGGCUAGAGACAUUUACAAGAACGACUACUACCGAAAGGAAGGCGAAGGACUUCUGCCCGUUCGCUGGAUGUCACCUGAAAGCUUAGUAGACGGCGUCUUUACAUCCCAGUCGGACAUUUGGGCUUUCGGUGUUCUAUGCUGGGAAAUUAUGACGCUAGGUCAACAACCCUAUCCUGCACGAAAUAAUCAAGAAGUUCUCCAGUAUGUUCGAGAUGGAGGACGUCUUACGAGACCAACAGAUUGCCCUGAAGAUCUGUACCAAUUGAUGCUCAAAUGCUGGAGUUACUGUCCAGAGGAUAGACCAACAUUCAGAUACUGCCUAGAAGUGGUAGAGGCACUAAAGGACAACACAAAUGACUCCAUUCAGAUCACGAUGCAGCAUAUGUAUCGAAAUGGUGGCAUUUUUAACAGAUCAUAUUUACUCGCCGACGAAAACCAUAAUCACAAUUCAGGUGGACAUAAAAUUGUGAGUGGUGAUUCAGGGAUUACAUCAAUUCCCAGUCAACGUGUUGAUCACUCAAUACCAACCACGUCCACAGAUACAGGUCUUAUACCAAAGUACAUAGAAUUAAUCUACAGUACUGACGACAAAGCUCCAAGUCUAGUUAGUGAAGACUACGAAAUUCCUAUAACCAACUUCCCAUCAGCGGAAGGCAGUACAAAUUCCUCAGAAUUGAGGACAACCAGUAGUUGUACGGGAAAACUACCCAACUGCAAUACAAUUCUCACCGUGGCACUUCCUGACAAUACCGCAGAUGCGUGCUCGAGCCUGGAUGCCCUCCUACCCAAUCAGACGCGUUCCUGCGACGGAAAACUACCCACGUCACCUAUCAUCAUCUACUCAAAUACAACUGCCGUGCCUUCGUCAUCGACAGACGGAAAGACAGUUUUAUGAGACUUUCCGGUACUAAGGCACUUUAUCCUUGCAAAAUGACCAAAAUUAUUGUACAUUUUUCAGUCUGAACGUUAACGUAAGGAGAAUUUUUUGUUAGGGUAAGUAGAGAUGAUGGACAAGACCGCAUUAAGUUUGGAAUGCGAUAAAAUUACGUAAAAAUUACUUCAAGCUCAGAUUUCAGUAUUUUUCCCAAUUACUGUAAUGCGAUUUAGAAAAUGUUUUAACUCUAAAUUCCCUCCUGAAUUACUAAGAAAAAAUAUCUGUCAAUUUUAGAUACAUUAUUUGUUUGACAACGUAGAAAAUGGGGCAGAUUCGUACAGUUCAAAUUUGCUUUACGGUUUUUACUGAGCGAUUUGUCUGAGCACAAUUCAAAAUUGUGCAUGAAAGAAACUGUCCAACCUUAACUAAAAGAUUUUAAUUGAAAUCUACCGAAAAAGAUAUAUCACCAGAAAUUACCUUAAAGUUCUUUUUAAUCACCUAAAAAGCUUUAAGGCGAAAAAUCACAUAAAUUACACUCGGAAGUUUAUCAUUACUCAAAACUUAAGAACUCUAGGCUCAUGAAGACAUUUUACUGUAAAUAUUUUAACAUAAUUGUUAGUUUACGCAAUAUUUUGUUAAAAUUGACAUAAAUGCCAUAACGGAUUUGCCAGAAAAUCCGCCAUUUUGUUUUUUUUUUCAAAAUCAAAGCUAAAUCGCUUUAGGAGGCAUAUUUCUCAAUCGAUUUCGUCAAAAUUGGAUUUUUUUUUGAAAGGUUUUGAAAUCCUCUACAAGAAUCGAUCCAAAAUGGUAAUGAACCGGAAAUGUAUAGAUGAUCAAUAUGUAGCAUUCGAGAAACGGGAAUUAAUUCAUAAGACGUCUGUACAACUAUUUACUUACUUAAGCGGCGACUUACGUCCCUUUAACCCUUUAAGGACGGUUGGAUCACCGGUGACCCAAAAACAAAGUUUUUCGUGUUGUUCUAAAAACUCAGAAAAUAUGAUUUUUUCGGACCCCCGAUUUUUGACCCUCUCGUCCUUAAAAGGUUAAGAGACAAGGCCUCCUGCACAACACCUCGCGGUUCCACACGAUCUAAAGCCAGCGUCCGCCAGCGUCGUAGCACCCCCAGGGUUUUGAGGAAAUCGUCCACUAUGUUUUUCCAUCUCGUCCGGGGACGCCCCUCCUCAUUGUCUCCUCCAGAUUUCGCUCAUACAGUUUCCUCGGGAUCCUCUCCUCUGGCAUAUAGCAGAUGUGACCGAGCUAGCUCAGUCUUCUCGCCUGAAUAGAGGCCACAAUGUCGGCCUCUUCAUAAAGCUCCUUCAGUUCGUGGUUCAUCCUUAUUCGGAAUUCCCCUGUAGUUUCCUUAUGGAAAGGCCCGUAGAUUCGUCGUAGGACCCGUCUUUCAAAGAUCAGCAGCUUUCUCUCCUCUGUACGGGUCAACGGUACUGUUUCCAGACCAUACGUUAUGACUGGCUUCAGUAUAGUUCUGUAUAUUUUGAUCUUUGUUGACCGCGAGACGUUCCUUGAUCGAAAUAUCGAGGAGAGUGCAAAGAAACUUCUACUCCCCACAGCGAGUCCCUCAUUAACCUCUAUUCCGACUUCAUUACCCGUCGUCAGUACCGAUCCGAGGUAUUUGAAGUUCUUAAAAACCUCAAAAUUCCACUCGUCCAAAGUGACACUCUGACGGGAUCUGAAUGAUAUGUCGCCAGUAACCAUGUUUGUACAACUACGCCAUGUACUAAUUUUUUCUCCAAAUUCCCACAAAUAUUUUUCUGUAUCAUGUUUUAUUUAUGGUUUACUUCCUAACGGCUCAGAAGCUAAACUUACAACCCUCUUCAAACCUUUCAAACCCAUCUUAUUAGGCUUAUUUCCAAAAAACGGCUUCAUUGGUUUCUUUCAUUUGUAGAUUCCAUUACUUUUUCAACUAAAACACUUUGAAUGAUUUUUAUGUUCUCUCUCUCUUCUUUUUAUGUUUUGGCUGUCAGACUCAAUCAGGUCCAUAUAGCCAAAAUAUUUUUAUGUUCACUAUUCACCUUCAAUCUUUUUGACGUCCAGUCCAAGUCUGUUGGUCGCUCGUUUUUCGUUCGUCUUCCAUCUUCGUCUGUCCCAAUCGCCCUCUCGCGAUAAUUGUUGUAAGUAUCGUCCGUCCUGUCCGUUGACCAUACAAGUUUUAGAUAAAUUUUAGGAAUAAAUACCCCAGCAACGAAAGUUCCCUGUUUGAACACCGUUCAGCAAACGCGUUCGGAACAGGGUUUAGUCCAAUGUAAAUCAAUAGUUCUCUUAAAUAGUAUAGCAAUAGUUCUCUUUGAUGGCCACCACUUUCUGAACAUUUGGGAGGGCGCCACAGUCGCGACCUAUCGAACAGAGUACUUUCGUUACUGGGAGCCAGGCAUUUCGAUGACCGAAUAUAUUUUCGAUAUCGAAUUUUCGAAGGUCAAGAUUAUCACCUUUUCUGUAAAUUUAUUUCCAUUUGAGCUAUUAAAUCCGGAUUUUUUUAUUCGGAAACUAAAUUACUGAUCCAAUAUUUCUUUAAAAUUUAGAUUAGAAGAUUUUGACAUAAAUAUCUCUUAAAUUGUUAAGCUUAGGCUGCACAUAACCUGAGAUUUUUCGAAUUCAUUUGUAGGUAAAAUAAGGAAAUGAUACUUAUUAACUCAUUUUACCCUAUUCUCCCUGGACGUCACUUUUGCAUAACAUCAAGUAAAAUUCUUGUUUUUAAGUUUUAGUCUUGUCAGUUUACCAAUUUGGCUGUUGAAAAAAUACACAAAUUUAACCAUAACGAGCUUUAAAUGUUCUGGAAAGUUUUAGAUAAUUCCAAUACCUUUCCAAAAUUAUCAAAAUUUUCUAAAUCGGAUAAUCAGGUUGGUCACAAUUGCAAAUUAAAUGAAUAAAAAUUGAAAAAUAAACUACCAAUCUUACCCAUUUUCUGCAGUCAAUUUUUUUUACCUUCUUCGAGAAUAAUUUAGAGUUAAACAUUUUUUUCACAGAGAAGCCUGAAUUAAAAAAAAAUAUCACUAAGACUGAAAAUCUUUUACAACUUUGUAAUUGUCUCACAAUAAAAAAUGUUUUAAAAACAUUUAAAAUCAACCAAAAAAAAGACAUCUAGGGUAAGUGUGUCAAAUUUCGGCAUAGUUGCAUGCAAGAGCCAAAGUCUCAAGUUUGAAAUGUAAUAUCUUUAAUAGAAAUUGAUUUUAUUCAUUCCUUCUACUUAAGGAGUGUUGCUUAGAACCUUGUAGACAGUUUAUCGUCUUUAUUUACUUUAAAAUCAUUCUUAAUACAUUUUAAAAUGAAUAAAAAUGUAGAGAUAGCUUUGGUGCCCUAUUUCGGCCACCUUCAUUCUUAUAGUUCCUUUCCCUUCAGGAAUUCUUCCAAUGUCUUUUUCACGUCAUCUCGUUUGUCGAAGCUACAUUUUUUGUUAUUCUUUUGGACUGUAUAAUCUCUAGAGUAUGUAAAAACUAAAAAUUCAUGAAAAUUCGAGGAACAAAAAAGGUGGCCGGAAUUGCAAGCUGGACGGAAUUUGGCACACUUACCCUAUCCAAACGAACUUUAGGCCACAAUCUAAGUUGUUUGUAUCUCAAGUCUUGUCAAAUUCAUCUCUACUUGCAGUUUGAUUAAUUACAAUAAAACACCCUUAUAUUAAAGGUGUUUGCAAUACGUAUAAAUUAUAAAUUAAUAAAUUAUAUCACUUGUAAAUAUCUGUAGGUAAUAAGUCAUGGACAAUUUUUUUUUUGUAUUUAAGAACCAAGACAAAAUACCAAAAUGACUAAGAAAAAAACACAAAAAAUGAUUUAGCAAUAAAAAUUGUAAGUUUAACUCUCA